AUGAUUGGUUCCAUCUUUCGUCUCAUUGAUAUUCGUCAAUGCGAUAUGAGAAUGUGGAUCGUUCGAAUGGAAUUGUGCGGUGACGACCAACAUGACAUGAAGCAACUCUUGGUCCACAUGAAGAAACAACACCGUGGAGGGGAUGGAGAAACGGAUCUUUUCUCAUUUGCUAUUCUGUUGAGACGAAUGGGUAAAUUUGAUCUAGCCGAAAAGUACUUCCAUCGUUUGCUGAAGGAACUUCCUUCGGAUCAUCAUUGUCUUGCCGAUUUGUAUCACAAUAUCGGUCUCGUGGCUGAUCGCAAAGGUGACUAUGAUACAAGUAUUCAAUGGUAUCAAAAAUCACUCGAGAGUAAAAUGAGAAUUCGCCCAUCCGAUUAUGUGGGCAUCGGUAAUACACACAACUGCAUAGGUACGGCUUAUGGAAAAAAAGGUGAUCACAAUCGAGCGCUUGCAUCAUUCAACAAAGCCCUGUCGCUCUUUGACGAAGGACAUUAUGAGGACCACCCACAUAUAGCCACGUAUUACAAUAACAUUGGCAUCAUCUACCAAGAACAGAACAAGUAUUUGGAGGCGCUUGUGGCUUAUAAAAAAUCGCUCUGUAUAAAACAAAAGCGUCUACCUUCCAAUCAUCCUGACUUGGGUACAUCCUUUCACAACAUCGGCGCCGUUCAUGACUCUCUCGGUCAUAAUGAUCUGGCACUGAAACAUUACGAUCAAGCUCUUGCAAUCAGAAUAAAAUCACUUCCUUCUCAACAUAUCGACAUUGCAUCGACGUAUGAAAACAUGGGUCUCGUUCAUGAGAAGAAGCGUGAGUUCAAAGAAGCAUUAAUAUAUUUUCAAAAGGCAGCCACCAUAUACCGUCACGCAUUGUCUGGCCGACAUCAUCUAGUUGUCAAAGUCGAACAAAACAUUAAGCGCGUCUCUGGCAAAGUCUAA